AUGACUGGGCGAGGUACCAGAAAUGAAAGGUGCAGUGAUACUUCGAUUAUCAAUUAUGAUUUUCACUGGGAAAUAGAAGAUUUUACUACCAGAAGGCAUAAUAGGUACGGUGAUAUGUUUCGGCCUUUUGAGAAAAAUGGUCCAGUAUUUAAUUCCGUUGGGUAUGUUAUUAAUCCCAGCUUUAGAAUUAGUUAUACGAGUGUAGGAUAUUCUAGCGAAAAAGAAACAUGUCAAUUCCUUUUACAUAUUGAUGGCAUGAAGCCGGAAGACUUGACAGUUCAAUUUAAUAUUGUAAUUCGAUCCGUUUCAGGGCCAUGGAUUGAAUAUUCACGUAAUGAAACACAUUCUGCUAAUAGCGGAAUGCAGUUGUGUACUGUUGUGACUAAAGGCGCAACUUUGAGGGUUGCUGAUAAAGUCAUCGGAUUCCCACGUGAGCAUGAUUUUAUUGCAAUGAAAUUUCACUUUAAAAUGUUCUUUAUCAAUUAUGCACCAAAACCAACAAUCACACCUCCAAUAAAUGUUCCACGUAUUAAACGAUGUAAUCUAUGCUCUGAUUUUAAAAACCUGUACGAUUCGAAAAAAAUGUCUGACGUAACUAUUACUGUUGAUGGUGUCACUCUUCUCGCCCACAAAUUAGUGCUUGUGACCCGCUCUUCUGUUUUUGCAGCUAUGUUGGACCAUGAUUGCUUGGAAGCCAAUACGAAUAACAUCCAAAUCACCGAUGCAGAUGCUUCAUUUUUUGAUAAUUUUUUAAAAUAUCUCUAUUGCAGUGAAAUCGGUGACAAAAGUUAUGAUAUGGUUCGUAAUCUGUACAUGCUUGCAGAUAAGUAUGCGGUUGAUGGUCUUAAAGAAGAUUGUAGGGACAUACUGGAAUCUGAAUUAAAUGAAGGUACAGUUUGUCAACUUCUGGAGAUAUCCCAUUUGUUUAAGGAUGAAACUUUGAAAGAAAAGGCGGUUAAAUUUAUUAAACAACAUUUUUCUGUUGUGAGUAAAAAACCAGAAUGGAUAAAAAUAUGCAAAGAUCAUCCCGAAAUGGCAUCAGAUGUUCUGAGAAUAGUUACCUCGUUUUUGGAUCAGUCAAAAUCAAAAGUACGACCAUCUCCAUAUUUAUAUAACUUUCUUUAA